AUGGCUUCCCAGACAGAAAACACUGAUACGACAUAUGUUCUCGAUUUGUUGUGCGACGACGAUUCUUGUAGCCUAACUACCCUCAUAAAUGAUGUCCGCUUUCACAUAAUUGUCGAACCCGAAGAGCUUCGAAAGAACUCUGACAAAACCUUCUACUACGAUUACCUUGACAAGAUAUCCGGCCUUCGUGAGGCCGAACAACGCGAGGAGGAAGAGCUGGAGAUACGAGAGUCACAGGGCAAGACGAAAAGGGCGCGCGACAAAGACAGCGCUGUUGCGCUGGACGAUAAUGAAGAAGGGGACGAUGGCGAUCAAUGUUUUGGGGAUGCGGUUGUAGAACUACGUAAUUGGAUUCUGGGUGCUUUUAAAGACAUCGCCGCAGUCCAUGCACCAGCCGACCGAACACCAGAGGAGUCAACCCUACAUGACUGGUACCACGGGCCGACCUACUUCUACAAGCUAAAAGUAUCGCAGGGAUGCAUCGAGCCUCAGCUGCUUGAAGAAAACAAAGCCAUGACGAAGAAGAUUGAGAAGCUCGUUCCCCGCUUAGCUCUACCGAGAUACAUACAGAAGAUGACUCUACCGUGGCUUAAUGCAAAAGAUCUCGUCGUCAAGAGCGAGACCGCAUCGCCGGAGCCCGCACAUCCCGGCGAAGUCGUGACCAAGGAUGGCAAAAGAUUGUUCUUUAAACCGGUCGAUAGUAUCCAGCCAGAUUCCUUCAAGCGAGAAAUCAAACACCUGAAACAGCUCGAAGAGCUCGACCUGGAUAUCAAAGUGCCGCAACUUUACGGCUUAGUUGCGUUCCAAAACAGCAAGACCGAGGUCAUGGGCUUGCUUCUCUCCGUAAUCAAAGGAGCCACGCCGCUCACGCACCUCUUCGAUCAGAGCGUCGAUCCAUCACUGCGGAAGUGCUGGAGCGACAAGGUUGAAUCUUACGUUGCACAGCUUCACGAGCAUGACAUAAUUUGGGGAGAUGCGAAAGCAGACAAUUUCAUGGUCGACAAGAAUGAUGAGCUAUGGAUCAUUGACUUUGGGGGAAGUUAUACAGAAGGAUGGGUCGACCCGGAACUGAAAGAAACCAUUGAGGGUGAUGACAUGGGAGUGGAAAAGAUCCAGAACGCGCUUGAGGACCCAGAGUCCAACACCUUCGAUCCGACGAAUAGCAGCACCAUCAGACCAUCACAUGCACGAUCCUCUUCGUCACUCUUCGUCACAGAGAAGCCCCGAACCGAUUCGAAGCGCAAACACGAUGGAGAGCAGAACGGGCACGACAACGACACGUACAAAAAGCGCUCACUCAAAGCUAGUUAG